AUGAAUAUGGUUUCACAUCUCAAAGAGUAUACCUUGUUUAAGAAAGAAAAUAAAUUUAGUAAAUUUAAUAUUAAAGACUCUGAUGACAAGGAUCGUUGGAAUAUUAAUGUUAUUGAAGGCAAGCUUGUAGAUGUAAAACUUGAGAUAACAUUCAACUUCUUUCUCUCUGAACAACCACCAGGUGAUCGUAACUUUUAUCCGAUCCCAUCCCUAGCUGGUGGUCACGGCAUUCCCUUCCUUAGCUCAUUUGUAAUUAUUGGAAAUGCAGACGUUACCCAUGGAAAUGGAACGGAGGCAUCAGAUUUUGACAUGAGAAUUGGAGCAGAAGCUUCGCAUUAUUUUGUAUAUGGCAAGAAUGCAAAUUAUGCCUCAGUUGAGGUAGAAUUAAUUGAACGGUAUGGAUUCAAAAGUUAUACUGGUACAAUCAUUCCGGUGCUCACAAAUGCGAUUUUAGAAAAUCCUGUUGAUGAAGUCUACCCAUAUGAAUCGUUAAAGGAAAGUGGAAUUUUGACCAGAUGA